AUGACAAUAUUUACCAAAGUUACCCAUGGUAUUCAAAAACAUUUUGGUUCAGCAAGUACAAUUGUUAAUAAUAGUGCAACUGCAAGUGCUAUUGGUAGUGUAAACAAUAGUGUAAGCAAUUCAGCUGAAAUAAGUGACUCAGAAACUAGCGAAGAAGAAAGUGAUUCAGAGACAGAAGAAGAAGAUUAUGCAAAACCAUCAGAGGAGGCUAAUUUUUUAGAAAAUUUAUUAAAUACAACUACAAUAUGUUCUGGAUUAAAUUUAAAAAAGUUGAAUCUCGAUGAAAUUAUCAAACAAAAAUCGAAAAAACAAAUUAAGCCAAAUCAAACAAAAUGGGAAGAACAUUCAGAAGAAGAAGAAGAAGACGAUGAAGAAGAAGAAGAAGCAGAAGAAGAAUCAGAAUCAUUUUCAGAAUCCGAUGAAGAAACAUAUAUUGAUAUACCCGAAGAGCAAUUGCAAAAUUUAACACCAUUACAACUGUCAGUUGUUAAAAACUUAGAUCCUCAUCAUGUCAAACAAGGUGUAAUUACAAAAUUAAAAGACAUGAAAUUGAAACAAGAUUCAGAACAACGAAAGAAUUUAAGAUUAAAAAUUGCAAGUAAAUUGGAAAAAGUAUUUAAUUUAAAGGAAGAUGAUGUUUUUUAUGGAAAUUAUUCUGCUUGGUUAGUCAAAGAUGUAUUAUUACAAGGUCAUCUAUACUUAACUAAAAAUGCUUUAUUAUAUUUUUCGUUUCUUCCUAAAGAUGUUGACGAAAUCGAAUUGAAUAAAGGUGCUUUAGGUAUGAAAACUGCUAAAUUUGGUGAUUCUUUAUUUACCACAAUGAUUACACAUAGAUAUUGGGCGAUACUUCGACCCGAAGGUUUAUCAAUUUAUAGUUCAUCAACCGAUUUAUAUUUUCCUUUAAUUGUUAUUGAUAUGAGAACAUGUAUUAAUGCAGACCUUAUUGAAAAAAAGGAGAAAAUGAGACUGGGUAUAUUAUCUCCAAUUGAAGAUUUAACUGAAUAUUUUGAUGAUGAUUUUGAAGAUACAGUAGAUUCUUCAACUGUAUGGUUUAAAUUGGUAACUAAAAAAAAGACUUAUAAAUUUCAAUGUGAUAAUUUAUUUUCAGCUAGACAAUGGUGUAAUGCAUUGACUAAAUUGAUAUUCCAGUUAAAUAAUGCAAAAAAUAAUGAAGUAUUGAUAAAAAUACCUAUUGAAAAUGUCAUUGAUUAUAAGAAAAGGGAAAUUUUUCAUGAAGAGGGUGGUGAUAUCCCAUUAAGUUUAUCAGUGAAAUAUCACACUGGUGAGAGUAAAAGAGAUAAAGUCAAGGAUAAAUUUAGAGAUAAUGAAAUUUACUUUUUAUUUCCAAAAUAUGGUUUAGAAUUUUUUGAUCAAUUUGAUGAAGUAAUUAAACAAGGUAGUUCAGGUGGUCAAGUAAUCACUACAUUAACUCCUUCAAUGAAUAAUCUAGUGAAAACAGUUUUAGAAUUUAAUAAAUCUUCAGAUGAAUUAUCACUACCGAAAGCAUUAUCUGCCAAAGGUCUCAAAUCAUUAAAUAUAACUUUUGAAACUAGUUUGAAAGAAGGUGAAACAAACAGAUAUGAUGAAGAAGCAACUCCAUUACCCGUAAGUCCACCAAAUCAUAAAAAGGGCUUAAAUAUAUCACAAAAAUUAUCAGCAGCUCCUAAUCAUUAUGUUCAUGAAGACAAAUUUUUUAUUCAAGACUCAAAUGAAAGAGAAAUUGCACAAUUACAUUUUGAAGAACAUUUUUCUGUGGCACUGAAACUAUAUGCUAGUUAUUAUUGUCAUUUAAUCAGAACUAUCCCUGUUUAUGGUAAAUUAUAUUUAUCUGAAAAUGAAAUUUGUUUUAGAAGUUUGAUUCCUGGUGUAUCUACAAAAAUGAAUUUGCCAAUGCAAGAUGUACUUGGAUUAAAUGAAGCUGGUUCAAAAUUAACAUACUCAGGAGUGAAAAUUAUACUUCAAAAUGAUGAAUUAGUUUUAGAAUUUUCAUCUUCAAAAUCAAAAGAAGAUUUUUUCCAAUUAGGUCUUGAAUUAUUAGAAAAUUUCCACAAGGAUGAAAUUUUUCGUCCAAAACCACAUGAAUGGGGAAGCAAUUAUGAUAUUGAAUUAGCGAAAACAAGAAUGGAAUAUACAGAUUCUGAACGAAAACAAAUGGAAUUAACUGAAGAGAAUUUUAAAAUUUCCCAAGAUAAAAUUGAAUUAGCUAGAAUAAAAAUGUUUGAAGAUAGAUUAACUACAGCUUCUGGUCUUGAUGUACCAAUUAUACUAGAAGAUUCUCCAUUUUUCAAAACUGAACUAAAACCAUCAACUUCAUUUAAUAUAACUUUAUUAACAAUUGGUUCAAGAGGUGAUGUUCAACCUUAUAUUGCAUUAGGAAAGGGACUCAUUGAAGAAGGUCAUAAUGUUACAAUUGCCACUCAUUCUGAAUUUAAAGAUUGGAUUGAAAAAUAUAAUAUAAAAUUUGCUGAAAUUGCUGGUGAUCCAGGUGAAUUAAUGUCAUUUAUGGUUACUCACAAUUCAAUGUCUGUUUCAUUUUUGAAAGAUGCUCAAUCAAUGUUUAAAGAUUGGAUUGAUAAAUUAUUUGAAACAACAUGGAAAGCAUGUCAAGGAUGUGAUAUUUUAAUUGAAAGUCCAUCAGCAAUGGCAGGUAUUCAUAUUGCAGAAGCAUUAGCUAUACCUUAUUUAAGAGCUUUUACUAUGCCUUGGACAAGAACAAGAGCUUAUCCACAUGCUUUUUUCGUACCAGAUCAAAAGAAAGGUGGUUCAUAUAAUUAUUUAACUCAUGUAUUAUUUGAAAAUAUACUAUGGAAAGGUAUCUCAAGUCAAGUUAAUAAAUGGAGAGAAGAAAUUGGAUUACCAAAGACAAAUUUAUUUAGACUUCAACAAAGUAAAGUUCCAUUUUUGUAUAACGUUUCACCAAGUAUUCUUCCACCAGCGGUUGAUUUUCCAGAUUUUGUCAAGGUAACAGGCUAUUGGUUUUUAAAUGAAGAAAGUGAAUAUAAAAAUGAUGAAUUACAAGAAUUUAUGGAUAAUGCAGUUCGUGAUGGGAAAAAAUUAGUUUACAUUGGAUUUGGUUCAAUUGUUGUUUCAGAUGCAACGUCAUUAACAAAAGCUGUUAUUGAUUCAGUUUUAGAUUCUGAUGUACGAUGUAUUCUUAAUAAAGGUUGGUCAGAUCGUAAAAAUAAAUCUGAAGAAGAUAUUGAAUUCCCACCAGAAAUUUUCAAUGUUGAUUCGGUACCUCAUGAUUGGUUAUUUCCAAGAAUAGAUGCUGCUGUUCAUCAUGGUGGUUCAGGUACUACUGGUGCAGCUUUAAAAGCUGGAUGUCCAAGUAUUAUAAAACCAUUUUUUGGUGAUCAAUUUUUUUAUGCAACAAGAAUUGAAGAUUUAUCUGCUGGUAUAGCUUUAAAGAAAUUAACAAAAAAAUCAUUAAGUAAAGCAUUACAAAGGGUUACUGAUUUGAAAAUUGUUGAAAAAGUUAAAAAUAUUUCUCAACAAAUUAGUCAAGAACAUGGUGUAUUUGCUGCUAUUGAAGCUAUAUAUUCGGAACUAGAAUAUGCUAGAAAUUUGAUAUUGAUUAAAGAUGUUCAUAAUAAGAAUGUUGCGAAAUAUAUGAGUGAGUAA